UUUUAAGGGUUUUAAAAACCUUUAACUGGUAUACAACCUUUAGAUUAUGUUCUUUACACUCUUUACAGAAUCAUCUACUAAAAGAUUACACAUAGUAAAGGUCCCGGCAGAGCAAAUGAGUCAUAGCAUCAGAUAGGUACUGUAAUGUACUCAGAUCAAUGACAUCUCAUAGUUUUACAUGAAUGUCAAAUUCCAUGUUAUCUGAAAUAUCAGUAGUCAUGAAAUUAGUCUCAUGUCUUUAUGACAUUUAUCUCCCCUCGUAAAGAAAUCUCAGAACACGUCCUCAACCCAUUCUGAGAAUAUAAAGUGGCCCUGCCUGAGCCACCUUCACUGUAUCUGUAUAGCAUUACAAAAGGUCUGUGACCGUGAUUGAAGGUGUGGUAAAUCUGCUAUAAAGCAGCUCACCUGCAGAAUAUGAAGCCCUGCUGAAAACACUCCAGCCUUCUUUGACUUCUGCUGAGUAACCUUCGGAUUCCCGACAGCUUUGUUUGAGGGACGCUGCACACAGGAUUGUUUGUGAUUCAAGACGGCAGAGAAGUCUGUGAAAAAUGAAGCUGUCGCAUAGUAUCCAGUUACUCCUGCUCUCCUGUGUCUGCAGUAUCUACUGUACUGACGCAGUCAUCAUUCAGUCCAAUCCAUCAGCAAAUGGGAGCUCCAUUGUGACAGAAGUGAGUAAGACUGUGACUCUGAGCUGUGUGGUUCAGGGCACUGCUGAUGGAGAAGAACUGCAGUGGUACCGCAAUGGAGCACUAGUGAGCCUCAAAGAUGAAAACCGUCUGGAACAGAGUCACCUGUGUAUACAGCCCACCACCACAGACGAUAAUGGAGCCCUCUUCUCCUGCCAGCUAAAAACCAACGCUACCAGGAAAGCCUCCAUCCAGCUGGUGGUCAUGCAUGCCCCUGACCUGAAUGGAAGUGAGGAGCUGUGGGCAGAAGAGGAAAGUGACAUUGUUUUAUCCUGUGAUGUCCAUGCUUAUCCUCCAGUAACUGUAGUCUGGAAGAAGGAUGGUGCUCUUCUGGAUCUUUCCUCCAGUGCAUACCACACCAGCAACAACGGCAUUACUGCUACGCUCACCCUCUCCAAUGUUAAACGUGAAGAACAUGAGGGCCUGUACAUCUGCGAGGCAACCUCCUCCCACUAUGGAGUCAAGAGCAAGAGUUUUAUUAUCACUGUUGAUGACAAAGUAAUGAAGUUCCCACUGGGGCCCACGAUUGCCGGCCUGGUGGUGGUGGUCUUGACAAUCGUGCUGGCUAUUUUUUCCAGAUGGGGAAAAGUUACAAAGUGCUUUAAAAAAGAUCACCAUUAGUGAGCCACCAUCUCAGGAAUUUAAACCACAGCCGUUGAACUCGGAGGAAUACCAGACCAGAUCUGCUGGAAUGCAAGUUACAGUUACUGUAUAACAACACUCAAUAACAAAUGGGACAUUCUCUAAACAAAACAUCUCAAAUGAAAAUCUUACAUGCCUAAUUAAAGAGUGAAAGCACACACUGUCUGCACUGAGCUUUGAGGAACACGAUGAAACAAACCAUAAAAGUUGGGAAGGAACGUCUUUUUAUUCUUGUAAACCUUGUGCAUCCACAGACAAAAGACAUUGUAAAUUUGUUCCCUGAGGCUUGUUAAAAAAGGUGUUAUACAUUGACUGCUGCUGCAUAAAAAAAUAGUGCCACACCUGGCACGUUCAUUGCCUUGUAUCUAAAUGGCAAUAUAUGUCAUGGCAAUAUAAGCCCAUUAAAAAGAACUGCCAACAAUGACAAA